AUGACCCUCACUACAGACUACCAUUCAGGCAAAGCCUACGUCGUAACCGGCGGCUGCUCAGGCAUCGGCCUCGCUAUCCUCCACUACCUCCUCGCACGAUCCGCCAUCGUCCACGUUCUCGACAUCUCCUCCACCCCACCACAAGUCCCCUCCCACCUCCCUCACAAAAACCUGCAUUUCUACCCUAAUACGGACGUCACCUCCGGCUCUAUCGUCCGAAAUGUUUUCACACAAAUCCGAACCAUCACCCCGACAAUCCACGGCCUGAUCAAUAACGCCGGAAUUGCCUACCAGCCUGUCGUUACAGGAUUAGAAUCGGAUGAGCUCUUCGACCGAGUCAUGGACGUCAAUGUCCGCGGCGUAUGGAAUGUUGGAAAUGCAUACCUCUCGCACAUCCUCUCGAGAGAGGCCGAUGAGCAGCCUAACCCGGCGGCAGCCAAAGAAGGAAGGGGGGUGAUUGUGAAUCUAUGCUCCAUCGCAUCCUUCCGCGGAAAUCUGGGGUAUGUGUCAUACACGGUGAGCAAGCAUGCCGUGCUGGGCAUGACGAGAGCAUGGGCGACGAAUUUCGCGGCCCAGGGGGUGAGAGUAAACGGCGUGGCGCCGGGGGGUACGGAUACGCCCUUAUUACAGGGCAUCAUGGAGAAGGAUUUUCAGGAGCAAUACGAGAGCCAGGUGCCAUUGGGCAAGAGGUGUGCUAGGCCAGAGGAGAUAGCUGAUGCGGUUGGGUUCUUGUUGGGGAAGGAGUCGAGCUAUAUGACGGGGCAGGUGAUUACUGUGGAUGGGGGGAGAUAUAUGUGA